AUGGCCGUCGACAAGCUCAAGCCAAACGACCCAAGGGCCCAGUCCCUGACUGCCAACGUCCGGGGCAAGACAUACAAGUACAUCCUAGCCAAGCCAGAGGGCGGCACACCCCCACGCGCAACCGCCCUCCUCAUCCACGGCUGGCCGGACCUGGGCUUCGGCUGGCGGUACCAGGUGCCCUACCUCACAUCGCUGGGCCUGCAGGUGAUCGUGCCGGACCAGCUCGGCUACGGCGGGACCGACGCGCCGCAGGACCUCUCCCUCUACAGCCUCAGGAACGUGGCGGACGACAUGGCCGAGCUGGUGGCGCAGGUCGCGGGGCCCGGCGAGCGCAUCAUCCUGGGCGGGCACGACUGGGGCGGGGCGGCCGCGUGGCGCCUCGCCCUGUGGCACCCGGACCUGAUCCGCGCCGUCUUCAGCGUGUGCACGCCGUACGUCCCGCCCAGCAGCCAGUACGCGGACCUGCCCACCGUGGUGAAGCUGCUGCCCAACUUCCGCUACCAGGUGCAGCUCGCGGGGCCCGACGUCGAGCGGGAGAUCGGGUCGGACCCGGCCAAGAUCCGGGGCCUGCUGACGGGGCUGUACGGGGCGCGGGGCCCCAGCGGGGAGGACGUCUUCACGACGGACCACGGCGUGCACUUUGAGAACCUCGGCAAGAUGGGCGAGUGCCCGCUGCUGGACGCGGACGAGGUCGACUUCUACGUGGGGCAGUACGCGCGGAACGGCAUGCGGGGCCCGCUGAACUGGUACCGCACACGGCGGCACAACUACGAGGAGGAGCUGGCGCUGCUCAACAAGGACGGGGAGGCCCAGCGGCUGGGCAUGCCUGCCCUGGUGGUCGUGGCUGAGAAGGAUCCUGCGCUGCCGCCGAGGAUGUCGCAGGGCAUGGAGGCGCACUUUGAGAGUCUGUCGAGGGCUACUGUGGGUGGCACGCACUGGGCGCUGUGGGACUCGACCGAGGACGUGAAUGCUGCGAUUGGGAGGUUUGUUGAGGAGGUGCUGGGCGGGUCUGUGAAGGCCUCUAUUUGA